CACAGGAGAGAGAGAAGCAGGCUCCACGCCAGGAGCCCGACGCAGGACUCGAUCCUGGGACUCCAGAAUCGCACCCUGGGCCAAAGGCAGGAGCUAAACCGCUGAGCCACCCAGGGAUCCCCUGAUUUUUACUUUUUGAUCCAUGGAUGUGUUUUCCUACAUUGAUUGAUUUUCUUAUGUUGAAUCAUCCUUGAUUUCUCUGAAUAAAUCAAUUGGAUAAUCCCUUUUACUUUAUUUACAGGUUUAGCGUAUACAGUCAAACAUGAAAUUGAAAUAUAAGUUCAUUUUUGGUUCUGGAAACUUAACUGGUUUUGGAAUUAGGGUCAUACUAGCCUCAGGAGACUUGCCCCCCCCUUAUUUUUGGAACAACUUGUAUAAGAUUAUCUACACAAAAAAUGAAAUGAUUAUCAUUGUAAUGAUUAUAUCACGCAGUGAUUUGUGUUUUAAGAAGACCCUUCUGCAGGGCAAGACAAAUACAGAAAACCAGUUAGCAUGCCAUGGCAAAAGACCGUGGGCUUCCAAGUAAAAAAGAAUGCAGUAAAUGUGAUAUUCAGAUGUUCCUAAAGGACCUCAUUUGGAGGGAUUUUAUGACAGAGACUGUCAUAAAGCUGGGUUGGGCCAAGCGCAUGAUUGAUUUUUGCCAUAUCUGCCUAGGACAUAGGAGUGCAAGGACAAAGACACCACGCAUUUGCCCUCGGUAGGGAUGUGGGCAAGGGCCUACAGGAAGAACGGGGAUGACAGGUGCAGAGGGGAGGGGCUGGGGGAGGACCUGAGCAGAAUGAUCCCGGAAGGGAUUGGUAUAGGUGAGGUGGAGAGAAAGUUGCUACUUGGAUUCAGCUCUUUCAUUCAUUCAUGCAUUUAUUUAUUUAUUUAUUUAUUUAUUUAUUUAUUUAUUUAUUUAUUUAUUUAUUAUUUAUUUUUUGGAUUCAGCUCUUAGAAGCAGCAUUCAGAAAUAACCGUGAGAGAUUUCCUGAUAAAAUCCAAAGAUUUUGCUUUCCUUGAAGAACUAGGUGCUGGCCGCACGGGGCCUGUACACGUAUACUGAAUGCACACACGGAGUACCUGGACUGUUCCCGAGGCUCCUGUAGGCCGGGGUCCCUGAGGAGUCCACUUGCCCCCAGCUCCUGGUCGUCCAGGUGGAUGGUGAGAACUCUGCUGGGCAGACCGGGCUCUUCCUUUCGGCGCUGCUGGGCCACAGCUCUGCCGUGCAGCUCUUGCUGUCCUUUGGCGCCAACCCCAACCAGUGAGUGGACCGAUGGCGGUGCCCCCGCGCUCCCAGGGGUCUGAGUCUGAGCCCGAGAGAGCCAGGGCUUUCUUCCCCAGUGGGGGACCUCAUGACACCCUUCCGCCCCCAGUGAGCUCCCCUUUGUUCUCUAGAUUAACCCCUUGCCCUCCAGUGACUGUUCCCGUUCCCCUGGCACCUCCUGUGCUCACCGGACACCCUCACCAAAGACCCCACCGUGUCCCCAGUCGCUGCCUCGAUGGCAGCACCCCUGUGCACGCGGGCGCCUUCUCGGGCUGCAGCCUGGUGAUGCUGCACCUGCUGCAGGCAGGGGGUGACCUGCGUCUACAUGACCGGCAGGGCCGCACGCCUCGGGACUGGGCAGAGCAGGGUGGUGCCAAGGAGAGCCGGAAGGUGCUGGAACUGCUAGAGCUAUGUCGAGCCCACGUCUCUGUGCUCGUGCACGGCGGCCAGCUGGCGGCCAGUGCAUCCCUGGGCCCGUGGCAGGCUGGUUCUGGACGCAGCCCGCGUGGCUCCCUGUCCUUGCUGCGGCGGGUGCGCGUGGACAGGGUACCGAGGCCAGAGCAGAUCAGAAGAUGCCCCCAAAUCUCAGCCUUGGGGUUUGGCCAGCUGAGCAGCCUUUGGCCACUGGGGCUGACAACAGGCAUACCCCUCGCGGACCCCAAGGAGCUGCUGCCAGCCCAGGGCGAGCCCGACCGCACCUACGAGAGCAGCUCCCACACCCUCAUGGCCAACCUCCUGUGGAGGGGCCACCCCGUGACAGCUCGGCAGCUGAAGGCCCCGGGAACUCAGCCUGAUGUCCUGUUGGCUGACCUUGAGCACUGCAGCGCCCUGCACCACCCCAACCUGCUGCUGCUGAUGGCGCUGAGCCCCUCGGCGGACCUGUCGGGGCUGUGCUUGCUCUUCGAACCCGUGUGGCUGGGCUCCCUGCACGUGGUGCUGCACCCACGGGGGCCGAGCCAGGGGCGGCCGUGCGCCGUGCCGGGCCUGCUGCCUGGCCACCUGCUGCUGCAGGUGCUGGAGGCCCUGCUGUUCCUGCAGGCGCGCUGGCGGGCCCAUGGCGGCCUUAGCUCCCACGCUGUGCAGCUGGUACGGCCGGGCCUGGCCAAGGUGGGCGGCCUCGAGCACGGGCGCUGGCUGCAGCCCGGGCCACAGCAGGGCUACUCCCGGGAAGGCCCAGGCCCGGGGCUGCCCCCGCCUCCUGAACUGUACCCGUGGCUGCCACUUGAGCUCAUCUGCGGUGACACGCCUGCGGCCACCUCGGAUCUCUACAGCUUUUGUAUCCUGGCCCAGGAGGUCUUCACUGGAGAGCUGCCCUGGGCUGGGAGAGAGGGGCCUGAGGUGAAGGCUAAGUUGGAGGCAGGUGAGAGCCCGACCCUGGACCCCCUGGUGCCGGCCCCCUACCAGGCCCUGGUUCAGGCUGGGCUGGGCCUAGGGCCCGCUGACCGCUGGGGCAGCCUGCAGAACACUCGAUACCUGCUGCGGGAGGCCAUGGCCCAGGACUCAGCUCCUGGGGUGAGCUCUCUGAUGCACGGGACCACACGGUGCCCUGUGUCUCAGGGUUUCCUCCCAGAGACCCUGUACUGUGAGGUGGCUCCCAGAGCCAAGACCACACCCAAGCCUGUGCCCCCUGUGAUGUCCCUAGGCCCCUCCCCAUGCCAGGCCCUGAAGACUCCUGAGGUCUCAGGCCACUGCAGAGUCCAGAGGGCCACUGUCUGGGACUCAGGCAGCAGCUUGACUCUAGGCAGUGGCCCAAGUCCCUGUCCCAUCCUCUACCCAGGCUCCAGCCCCACAGCCAGGGUCAGCCUGCACCGCUGCCUGGAGCCCAGCUCAACAGCCCCCAGUCCUGAGCUGAUCACAGGAGGUCUCUUCUCCAGCCUGCAGAAGAUGGACCUGCUGGAAGAGAUCUUAGCAGAGCUGCAAGGUGGACGCCAACUUGGAGACAAGCCCAGCCUCAACCCUGCUCUUGACACAGAUUCUUAGAGUGCCCAUGACUGCCUCUCUGCAGAUACCACCCCCCUCAGAGCCUCCCAGGAGUGACUUCCCAUUCAGCACUUGCUGAAAUGAUAAAGUGAAAA